CGACAUGGGCUCUGGUGGUGGGGAAGAAGGAAAGAGAGAAGGAGAAGAAGAAGAAGCACAACUCUGAUAGCAAACAAAAAGAAACCCCAAAAGAGAGAGACCUACCUUCUCUCUCCUCCAGCCAUUCCUUCUUCUCCUUCCGUCGGGAGAAUCCCUUUUCUGGUUUUCCAUUCUUCCUUCACUCUCACUUCUGCUUCCCUGAUCUCUGUAUAUUCCUUUCUAUGGCGUCUCAACUUGAAUCUACUCUAAACCCCUCCUUCAAUCUCCCUUCUUCUAUAAUUCCCUAACCCCCUCCCACUCCCCCCCAGUUUCUCCUCUCCAAUUCAGCUCCGCCUUUUUUUCCCCCAACUGAAACCGGUUCCGUCAAUUUCCACUUUUCCGGGGAUGGAGAAAAAGUCGACCAGAAGCUUCGUCGACGGUGGAGUUGGGUUGGGAAUUGUGGCCGCGAUGACCGAUUCGAGCGAUCGUCGUCACCGCGCUCGGGAUUGGACCAAAUUCUCCCACCCGCCUGUUUCGCUGAGAUCCAGUCCCAUCUUGAUUGUGUCCCUGGCGCGGCCGGCGGCCGCCAAUUUCAAUUGCGCUGUGGGCUUGUCGCGGCAUCCGCUCGAAAAGGAGGACAGCGAUGAAGACGGCGGCUCUGACUCUGUGGUGGAUGAAAACGACGAGGUCUAUACUUGUGUGAUUUCUCAUGUUGGUAAUGACGUGGUCAGAAAGUUUGUUUACUACGGUGACAAGGUUUCUGGGCUUCGGGACGACGCUGUGACCGUCUUGGACGUGAAUCCUGCUGCUGCUGCUGCUGGAAUGUUUUAUGCGUCUUCUUCGCCCCUGAUGAUGACCGCUGGUUUUGGUGGCGCUGCUCAAGGGUGGAGGAACGACUUCUGUAACCAAGAUUUCUUGGCUUCUUGCUUUCUCUGCAAGAAGCUGCUCUAUGGGCUGGACAUUUUCAUGUACAGGGGAGAGAAGGCAUUUUGCAGCCCGGAAUGCCGGGAGAAGCAUAUCAGGGACGAAGAUUACCGAGAGAAGAAUCAUCGUUAUGGCGAAAUCAGGAAACGACCACACGAAUGCUCCUUGUCUCCCUGCUCUUCGCCUCAGGUCUAUCUUGCUGAGGUUGCUGCUGCAUGAAUAAUACCCCUUUUCCCUCCUAUAUCUUGGUUCUGCACAAUAUAUACCAAGUAAAUAACAGGAGCAAAGUUACAAACUUACGAUCGGUCCACAGCGCGCACCCGGGGUAAAUAACUGUGCCAUGAGGAUGAUGUAUGGUAUAGCACUGGGGGUGGAAUUUUGAGAGGGUGGGUUAACUCAGGGAGGCAGGCAGUGUUCAUCUGGGAAAUGGGUUUAACAGCAAGGAGAAUUCAUUUUCUGUGAUGGAAGGAUCUUUGUCUAGAGAGAAGCUUGGAGGGAGGGACUUGAAUUUUGACUUUUUGUUACUAAUAUGUGCUCAAUGUUAUUGUAUGAAGUAUGAAGUUACCACACAAUGAUGCAGUAACCAGCAAUGAAAAUCAUGUUUAUAUAUCCAUCGCCGCUGCUCUUUUGUUUUUUCUUCUUCUUCCUUCUCGGUAGGCAGGUCGGCAACGAACCAAGCUGUCUACUGAACCAAUAGUCUACAUCGUUGCGUAGAAAAAGGAUUGUGGAUUUACUCAAUUUGGUCACUUGCCUAGCUGCAAUAAUUAAGUUUAUGAAAUCCCUAUACCGAUCCGAUCAAUCAAAUUGUUUAAUCAACUUAAAUUCUCCAAAUCACUAAAGAGAGUAUACAUAUAUAGUACUAUACACGAAUAAGAUAUAAUAAUCUUUGCUCUAUGUCUUGCUUUUUUUGUUUAUUUUUUUAAUUGUUGUUUAUUUUAUAGUUUGUUUUGUGUAUUUUGAAUGUGAAUUCUAACAGCUAUAAAACAACAUUUCAAAUUUUAUCAGAAUGUUAGUCUAGAUUUAUCAUAUGAAAAAAUAUGUAAAAAUUAAAUUCUAAAACAUAAGUUGAAGUGUUGAUAAGUUGAAUUUAUUAAACAAUAAAAAAUAGAGGACUUAUUAAAAUAAAAAUUGCAGCUAUUCGCAUUUUCGAGUAGGUUAAACAAUUAUACUUUUUUUAUAUCCUCCGAACCAUGAUUAAUCAUAGCAAACACCGAUACUAGUUCUUCAAAGAGAAGAAAAUUGAAAAAAGAUAUUGUAUUAUUCUCGUAUCUAACCGUUCCUUAUUUUAGAAUACUUUGCCAAAAAAAAAAAGGAACAAGACUGGACCGAUACAGCGCCAUCAUGGGCUUGGGCCCGCCAAAGCCUUCUUCUAAAAAGGCUACUAUCGUAACUAGACUCAACAAUUAUGUAAACCCUAGCCGCCUCUCUUCCUCCUCUCCAGCUUAUUUAGCUCUGUUUACUGCUUCUCCUUCACCGAAUAGCAAUCGUUCAGCUUCUUCUCCUCUUCCCUUUUUUACUAUGGCGUAGCUCUCUAGAUCUUUCUCUCUUGCUCGGUUUAGAUUAUGAAAAGGUUUGGGUUUUUGCUUGUUUCUAUGGUCUGCGCAAAGAUUGUGUGUAUCGGCGUUGUGCCCUGAGUGCACUCUGAAACCGAAAGAUUUCUUUGCAACACCCAAAAACCAGGGGAAGAUGGGCAGUUGAGUUUCACAGUGCGUUUUCCGCCAUUGAAAUCCCUCAACAAUCAUCUUCCCCACAUUCCUUUUUGCCCCCUUGUUUCAGCAAUCCUUCGACAACUCCGCAGAUACUCUGUGUAUCGGCGUUGUGCCUGUUUUUAAUAAUAAAAAUGCAUUUUGACAAGAAGAAAAAAAAAUCCGAAAGAUUUCUCUGCAACACCUGGGGGGAGAUGGGCAGUUGUGCUUCACUACUCUCAAAGUUGGAAUCUUUCAACAACCAUCUUCCCUAAAUCCGUCCUUGUAAAAGCUUUCUUCUUUGUUGUUUGCAAAGUUUUGGAAAUGUCAUUAGGUUGUUGUGCGGAAUUUGUGAGUGUGCUCCGUGAAGAAAUAUGGACGAUCUUUAAUCUUGUGCACAGAGGUUAUGGCUCUGAUUCUUAUAAUGUACACCUGUAACUAGAACUAAACUGCUGAUAACGUG